AUGGCGUCCAAACAACAAACCAAAUUCCAACAAGUCUCACACAACAAGCCAACAUCAUCCUCCGUCUCUAUUGAGAAGACAAAGAAGAAACCACUCUACACGGCAAAGGAUACAGCUGCUACCGCUGCGCUCAUCAAGAAGGCUACGGCGUCAGUCUCACCUGCCUUGCUUGCACUGCCUGCAAAGGACGUGGUCGUCGUAUCUGUCAAGCUCAAUGAUAACAACAAUAGUAGUAGUGUCUCUUCGUCCCGUCAAGACUCGGCUGUCCCAGCUCUUACCGGUCUCCCUCCCAUCGUCGGUCUCAUUACGCCAGACGCAGUGGAAAAGGCUACGGAUGUAGUAUGUAAUGCUUUCGCUACCGAUCCGCUCUUCCAGUAUGUGCUCCAACCGGUUGGUGGGCCAGAAGGGCGCCCGGACUUGCAUAGGCUGUUUCAGUCUGUUUACGUCGCUGGGUCUGUUAAACAUGGAAUGGCUUAUCAAGUUGAGGACUGUGGAUCUUUGGCCUUGUUCUUCCCUCCUGGAACUGAUGUUGCUGACUCUUGGGCUGAUCUGCUCAAGAUGUUGGCCCCAGUCCCACUCCCUGCACUCACUCGCUAUCUCGUCGACUAUGUCGCUCCCACUGAACUAGCUAAACGAACUCAUCUCGGAAUCGGCACCAAAGCUGAACGUCGCUACUACAACCUCUCGGUAGCUGCUACUCGUCCUGACAAACAAGGAAUGGGUUUACUCAAACAUGUCUUGAAACCGGCACUGGCUCGUGCUGAUGCUGAAGGGGCAGUCACAUGGCUUGAAUCUACCAAGGAACGAAAUGUGCCUAUUUACGAACGUUUCGGAUUCAAGACUGUUGAAACCAUCUAUCUCAAGGAUAAGACACCAAUAUUCUUGAUGAUGCGCGAACCACAGGUCUAA